AUGCCGGUUUACACUUUGUUCCUGUUCAUAGCGUGCAAUUGGGCUACCAGCCUUGCACAUAAUGUCCGAAACACGAAUAAUCGCCCACCAUUUGCUUUCGUGCCACCAGUACAGGAACAUAUUGAUCAUAAUUUCAUCCCACAGAAAUUGUACACUAGAACUGCUCCAGAAGCUUCAGAAGCUUCAGAAGUGCAGGAAAAACUAAUGCAGGAGGUUCAACAAGCGAAAGAAGAUAUUGAGGAGACACUUGAAAGCACACCCCAUGUGGAACAACCGGAUAAGGAAAAGGAGGAAAAAGCGCGCUCUAAGGGCAACUUUCUCACGGAUAUUAUUGAAAAAGCAUCAGCAAUAUUUUCUGUGCUUAAUUUUUGGUACAUAUUCGGUGCGUUUCUGUUGUUCAACUACAAAUCACAAUGUGAACUUGAUAUGCCCUGUAAUCAGAGAAACUAUACCGAAAGUCGACAAGCCAAGAUGUGCAACCCGCGUUCGGUGCGUUUCUGUUGUUCAACUACAAAUCACUGUAAAUUUGAUAUGCCCUGUAAUCAGAAAAACAAUACCGCAAGGCGACAAGCCAAGAUGUGCAACCCCCGACAAUUACCGCGGGACUGCGUCCGUGAUUAUUCGGUCCAAUGCCCGGAAGGCUUCGUCCAGCAAGCAACGGAUUGCGUUGCCUCUGAUGGUUACAAGGGGCCUUGCGACAAGCACCAGCCUGAGCUGUAUCUGCUCAGCGACUCGGCAAAAGCAUCCUGGUCCUGGGCGUGCAAGGCCAAAUAUCCUUGUAUGCCCGACAACUGCCCAUCGGGAACUGACUAUUCGCAGCCAUGCCCACUCGGAUGGCAUGCAGGAAACAAUGCAGAAUGCACUACCGCUGAUUCUGCGCUGCAGUGCGAUGAAAAAAUCACAGCUUCUGCCGACAGCACAGCUAAAGCUAAAUGGGAAAAAACGUGUGGAGUUCGCUGGCCAUGCAAGAAGACAAAGUGCGUGAAGGAUUACGACGCGAAGUGCCCGGCUUUGUGGUCUGAAGCCGAAUCUGGGGUGUGCAGAGCGCCCAAUACAUAUCAAGGGCCGUGUCCUGCAACGGUGGAUCUAGCAGCUUACCAAGGGAAAGCUCACAUGAAGAGGAUGUUUGAGAAGCGGUGUGGAGUGUCGUGGAUUUGUAGAAACAGCACGCUUGAAAGGGAACGGGAUUUCUCAGUGCCUUGCCCUCUGGGAUGGGAGCUGCUCGAAGACGGUUCAUGCAGAGCUCCUCCUUCGUACACAUUCACAGAAAACUGCCCCAAAAUCGUUUCCUUCGUCGGCCGCAGACCGGAUGAUCGGCAAGCUUACGCAACUCUCUGUAAUGUGGACUUCCCAUUUCGCGAUAGGGGCUCGUGCGAACUCGAUUUUUCGUUCGUGUGCCCGCUGGGCUGGGUGGACUCGGGAAAUGGCCAGUGGUGUCAAGCGCCAUCAAGUUACACAGGGAACUGUGUUGGAGAGAGCAACGAAAUCGCCAUGGUAGGGAAUUAUUGA